AAUUUUGAUUACAGAUGUUUUUUGUUUUGUGAUCGUUUAAUUUCUGUGAUGUGAGUUUGUGUGAAGUUUAAAAGUUACGUGUAUUUUACAACAAGUUAAUAUUUAACAAUCCUUGGCGGCUUUCAAGCAAGCUUCUGUUAACUCUGGCUCCACGUCAUCAGGGGUAGACACUCCGGAGCAUGCUUUGGAUGAUGUCAUCGGCACCGCCUCGUAUUGACCGUUUAAGAAAUACAAUUAUUACCGUACUCGUUGCUAACAACUAACGCAGCAUGGAUACCGCGGAGCAGCCAGGACCUUGUAACCGACCGACUGAUGCAUCUAGUAAUGCGCCUGCGGCGACGAAACCCGCAACAUCUGAGGUCAAGCCAAAAUUAUCUAAAGGUGUUGAAAAUGCAAAGAAAAGACUCAGGGCCUUUUCUAUUCAAAAGAAGACUCCAAUAACACCCAUAGUUGUACCAAAGCCUACAAGCACUGGUCAUGCAACAGUGUUAAUUGGAAAAUUAUGUGGAAUUAAACCUUCAACACCGAAGGUUGAUGAUGAUCAAAAGAAACAACCAAGACCACCAAAACCAGGAUCUUAUAAAAGACCUUUAACAGAUUCAUAUAUUGAUCUUCAGAAGAAGACACUAUCAGAAAUAGAAGAUAUGAAACGUAAGAUGGAAUUAGUGGAAUUGGGUAUACCAUUAGGUUUGAUCUGUCCAACUUCAACCAGUGAGAAAGCGAUGCCAACUAAAGCAAUGCCACCUAUCAAACAUUUUCUUGGUAGCCGUUUUCGAUUGUGCAAUCCGAAGGACUACAAAGGUAAAGUGCAAAGAAACAAAAAGAAAACCAAUCCAGCAAAAGUAGAUGAAAUCAUUAAAGAGGCGAAGAAAGCAAGAGAUGAAGGUAAAAAAUACAAAUUUGACUAUCAAAAGUUGUUACCGGAAUACGAUAAUCCUUUUCAACGUAAGAAAGAAGAAGAUAAGACUAAAACUGUGGAAUAUCGUGACAAAGAUUUUGAAAGAGAGAAAUAUAAAAGCGAUAGAUAUGAGCGACGUCAUUCAGAUUACAAACGCGAAGAGAGAGAUAGAUAUAAACACAAAGAUAAGGAGAAAGGGAGAGAGAAAAGUAAAGACAGAAAUUGUGACUCGGAUGAUGCUAAAAAAGAAGAUAAGGAGGCAAACGUUAACUUAAAUGAUUAUCUAAUUUGCGAUAGUUGGUCUUUAGAUAAUGAAGAAAAAGCUUCAAGUCCCAGAGUUGAAGAAAAGCCUGUAAAAAAAAUAGUUAAACAUGAAACAGAUACUAAGUACGCAAAAGCUAUUACUGAACAAGUACGAGACAGCGUACUGAAGAAACAAGACAAGCUGAAAGAAUUUACAAGAGACAGUCCAAUACGUCCUAUAAAAAUAGAGAAAUUGCAACCAGUUAUUGAUUCGUUUAAAUUUGAAAUAGAUCCAAAUGACGAUGAAAUGUUGGAUAUGUUUGAUGUUGAAUCAGGGAAAGAAAAGUAUGGAGCUAAAACUAAAGAUCUUUCUAUAUAUUCUCCGACUGAUUUGAAGGACGAAGAUUACGAUCAAGAUAUAUCUAAAGAUGCAAUGGAAGAUGGGAAUGACGAUACAUUCUUGGAAUCUGUCAUAAACGAGAUAAAGCAGGAGGAUAUGAGUGACGAUAUGAGUCAGGAUAAAGGAUUGGUUGAAUACGAUUCUCCGAUUAAAGCAGAAGCGAGGGAAUCUGAUUCUAGACUAUCAGUGACUCCAGAAUUAGAUGAAAAAAUGAAAUACCAACAGAGUCAAAGAAGCGAUUACUCGGAUGGAUAUCGUUCUAGUGAAAGUGGAUACAAAACUAGCGAUACGACAGAAAGUGGAUACAAAUCUAUGGAUAGUUUCCGUCUGUCUGUAGAGAAGGAUUUGGAAGAAUCUAUGGAAGCGAAAAUGUCCAAAGCGACAGUUGAUUCCUUGGAGACUUGGAGUUUUGUGUUAAAGAUUUGUCAACCUAUUUUAUUUAGACACGACAAGAAUAAAUGUUACAGAGAAACUCGCACGGAGCCUAAAUUGUGGUACACCGAGAACCCCAAGUUGUGUAAUUGUGUAAAAGAUCGCGAUGUGGUUUAUGAAGAAUUGAACAUGUGUAAAAUGAACCUUGUUGAUAGGGUGUACGGGUGUGACCAAAUCCCCGACGCGGCCGCAUCAAAGUGCCGCAACUGGUACCCGCGCCCCCAUCUCUGUCUGACGGAGACGCACACCGUGCCGCUCUCCAGCGAGUGGGAGGGAGACGACCUCAGUCAGACUGCGUGUCGCUCCAACACCCCUCUGCGGACCGAAGAGGUCCUACUGGAUAGGGAAUAUCAAAGGUUCAUGAAAGCCGUAUGGCCAGAAGUGGAAAAUAGGAACGAAACCCCGCGCAGCACAACACCUGUGAAAGAAGAUAUUAGAAAGAAGAAGAAGGAUGUAGAAGUCGAGAAGGAGAUUGAAGCUAAAAAGAAGAAAGAAGAGGGAAGUUCGGUUAAAAAGAUGAAACAAUUAAGCAGUGAAGGAUGGAGCCAGGAGUUGGAUAUAGAGGAAGAAAUUGAAAAAAGUAAGAAAAUGAAAAUCGACAAAGAAAAACUACGUAAACGUAAACGGUCUUUGUCCAGUCUUUCAUCAGAGAGUGAACCGGAUGCGAAAAAAACAAAGAAGAUGUUAAAAAAGAAAGCUCUGAAGAAAACAAAAUCAAAAUCAGCAAAAAAACGUCGUAUUGGUAAACAGAUUUUAAAGAAAUUGAAAGAAAAAGAGAAGAAAAAGAGAAAGCAAAGUAAAAUUGAGACAAUUGAUGAUUCCGAAGAUGAUAGCGAAACAACAGAUAGAAAAACUAUUAAGAAAAAUAAAAAGAAGAAACAAUCAAAACAAAAGAAGAUCUUAAAGCGUAAAAAGAAAGAAGAAUCUACAAGUAGUUCAUCAUCUACAACUGAGAGUAGUACAGAUGAAUCAGAGAAGAAAGCAAAGAAGAAGGCAGAAGGUAAGAAGAAAGAAAAGAAACGUAAAAGAAAGACAUCAACGGAUUCAGCACAAAGCGAAGAGUUAUUCGACGUCAAUAUACUAAAUAAUAUUAAAACGGAACGUCUCACUGACGACGAAAAGACCAAAUCUUUGAUGAAAUUCUCACCAAGAAGACAGAAACCGAGGGAAAUUAUUAAUGUUAAAGAAUUACAGAAUGAUUUCGUUGGUAAUAAUAUACAUAUAAAGAAGGAGGUUACAGAAGAAUAUCCUCUGUCACCGAAAAUAACAGAAAAUCAAAAGGAUUUGACAGAAAAAGAACAAGAGAAAAUACCAAGUGACAAAAAUGAAGAUGUUCCGAAAAUUACUGAAGUUAUUGAAGAGGACAAAGAAGAAAUUGAAAUUAAGGAACCACAAGUAGAAGAAACUCCUUCACCAAUCACCAUACCUCAAACAUCACCAAAUUCAAUACCACAAAAUAUGCCACCCAUACAAAUAGUGUCAAACAUAGAAGUGAUACCAACAAUAUCUCCAGUACCAAGGUCCCAAGUAAAACCUGUAAUGGAGGAAUCGAUGUCUCUCUGCUCAUCCCAAGAGUCGGUAUGCAGCGUGAAGAUGUAUGAAAAAGACGAUAGUCAUUUAAGGCCGUCUUCACAGAAUUCCAAUUAUAGUUUCAAUGAUGUGAUUAAUGCGAGCCAAAGUGGACUUUAUUGCAAGCAAAUAGAGUCGGUUGUCGAAUGCGAGGAGAAUCAGGAAUACCAGCAAGAUAAUUACGAAAUGUAUGAACAUUUGGCUAUGGCUUACCAAAGUGACGUCGCCAGUCAACAAGCGUGUCCGCCGCACGCGGGGGGUGAGCAGCGCAUAGAGACGGUGGUACGCGCGCGCAGCCGCGGGGAGAUCAAGUGCGACUGGCGGCCCGGCCUGCACCCGCACGCGCCCCACGCGCCGCACGCACCCCACACACCCCACGCACCGCGACCUUCGAGAUGGGGUUUAAAACCAGUAGAAGUGAAUAUUGUACUAACUGGGGGCGAGAACACGACAGAAGUACCAACAUCACAACAACAACAACAAGAACAACAACAAGAUCAACAACAACAGACGCCACAACUGAAAACAAGUCCCUUACCAUCGCCACAACCUGUAUAUAAAAUACAGAGCCUUGCUAAUCGUACAGACACGGCAACUGGAAAUACUAAUGGUUACGACGAGGCGUACAUGGACAUGUACGGCGCGGCCGACCGCCUGCAGUACGGGGACUGCUUCUCCGAGGCGCAGGCGCACGACUCGCUGCAUGCCGCGGCGCGCCUCAGCACCCUCGAUGCCAGGAUAGACCAUGCGCUCAAGAAUACUGUACUUGGCGAGGUGGCGAAAGAAGAUUCUCCCGAAAUAGACAAGGAUGCUCCCGAGAAAGGAAUACUCGUUUCUAGCGGCGAGGCGAGUCGCGGCGGCAAACGUGUCAGCUUUGCCGACGGCUACAAGCCAGGACAGGACUCCGAUGUAGAGGAACCGCCGGUUAAGAAGCGACGUAAGUUGCGCCGCAGCGGGUGUGCGUGGCCGUGCCCCGCCGCGCACCCCGACCACGUGCCGCUGUGGGACGCGCUGCCGCCGCCGCCGCCCCCGCCCGGCUCGCCGCCGCCGCCGCGCGCCCCGCACCCGCCCCUGCACCUGCUGCGGCCCCCGCCGCGCCCCCAGCCCCUCGCACUACCCGCCGCACUGCGCAAACUCGAUACGAGCACGACGUUACCUCUGUUCAUACCGUCGGAGCCGCCGCCCGCGCUCGCCGCCAGGUUCCCCUAGCGCCUGCUGCUCCUGCUGCUGCUGCAUCUCCCUCCUUGUCAAUUGUAGCGGAAAUACCAUAAAUAAAGAAAACCAUAGUGUUUUGGACUCAUGUCAGUGUCAAUGUUUGUCACUAUAGUUCGUAGUAAAUGAUACUAUGUGCUCAUUUCAGUUUUAUACGUGAUUAAUCUUCUUAAAGAAGACUUUUGAAACUUUUAUUUUGAAAUAAUAUAAAAAAAGAAAUUGUUCUCAUGUUUUUUUUUUGGAAGUUAGUUAAAAAAAAUUAGGGGUUUGCUAAAUACGAUUACUUACGUUGGACCCUAUUUCGUAGAAUAAGUUAAAAAUUUCAAGGAACAUAAUUGUUUUUAUUCUGUCACAGAAUUGUUUUAUUUCGUCUUAA